GGCAAAAUGGCUGGGCAACUUGGUUAUCUCUCCUUCAAAGCUGCCAGUGAGGCUAGGAAUUUCGACGAGAAAAGCAGAAUCCAGCAGCAACGCAAUAUUUUAAUUCUGAUCGUGCACUAUUUAAAAGAUAAUGGUCUUUUUGACUCAGCGGAAACGAUUUUAAAUGAAUCUCAGGCGCAUCAUCUUGAUUUAGUAGGUUUUACGGUCUGUGAUAAUAUGGACCUGAGUACGAUAUUGUUGGAAUUUGAAUGCAACUACCUUUCUCGACUACAAAAGAAGCCUAAAUUUAUUCGCGAAUUGCUGACUGAUGAACUAGCAACUGGUGGAGCGAAAUCUGGUCGGAAUAUUGCGAAAUCAAAAUCAAUCAUACCGCCGGUAAAAUCAAACGCUAAGAAAAAAGACAAACAUAUUCAAGGCGCAGUUAAUAAUACCGAUUCAAAUGUGCCGGGAAUCUCCGUUCAAAAAUUAACCAAAUCUGAUUUGGGCGGUGGUGAUAUUAUGAGAGAUAACAUUCACAGCACUCAUCAGCAACUGCACAUUGUCCCACCCAUUUCUCGAAUGGCCAGUGCUUUGAGGGAUUAUGAUAAUUCCCAUUGUGGUGAAUUAAGAGAACUGGCGCAGAUUAUCAGCAAGGAGAUGUACAUCGAUAAUCCGGGUGUUCACUGGGACGAUAUCAAAGGCAUGGAGGAUGCCAAGCGUUUCGUUCGGGAAGCGGUGGUGUAUCCCGUUAAUUAUCCCGCGCUUUUUCAGGGAAUUUUAUCCCCGUGGCGGGGGCUGUUGCUGGCAGGCCCACCCGGUACCGGUAAGACCAUGCUAGCCAAAGCGGUGGCCACCGAGUGCAAUACGGCAUUUUUCAACAUAACCGCCUCGACCGUGGUCAGCAAGUGGCGCGGUGAAUCUGAGAAACUAGUGCGCGUCUGCUUUGAUUUGGCGCGACGCUGUGCGCCCAGUACUAUUUUUCUGGAUGAACUGGAUGCGUUAAUGGGACAGCGCGGGGAAAAUGGGGAACAUGAAGGCAGUCGGCGAAUGAAGACGGAAAUCCUUAUACAAAUGGAUGGUUUGCAAAGGUCAACGGAUGUUGUUUUUGUCUUGGCAGCGUCCAAUUUGCCGUGGGAACUGGAUUCCGCCGUCGUCAGGAGGCUAGAGAAGCGGACAUUUGUUGGUCUGCCUGAUCGCAAUGCGCGAUGCGCAAUGUUCAGAGCGUUUCUCCCGGAAAUCAUACAAGAGCAUCCAUUGAGUAUCACCACGGAACUGGAUUAUGAUCGACUGGCUGAAUUAACCGACGAAUAUUCCGGCAACGAUAUACACUUGAUUUGCAAAGAGGCUGCUAUGCAGUGUGUACGAAAAGUUUUUAGUUUUCUCAAGGAGGAUAAUAAUUAUUUUGAUAAUAAAGGGACACAGUUCAUGUUGGAACCAAUUAAAACCGAUGACGUGCUGGCUGUGAUGCAGUACACUAAACCUGUCGGAUAUUCGCAGUAUAAGGCUAAGUUUUUACAGUGGCGGACGCAAAUGGCUGAGUGUCCAAGGCAAUUAUGACAAAGAGAGCUAAAAACCGGCAGCAUUAUAUAUUUAAA